AUUGUUUAGGCUCGUAUCUUAUCUAUGCUUUUAGCGCACAAUGUCAAGUGCAAAUGGGCCGAAAGUGAUCUAACUGCAUAAAAGGGUGGCUGUAGUUUCCAUGUCUUUGUGCAAACCACCCUUUUCACCUUAACAGAGGUUUUUUUACACCACAUAUACUUAUCUACCAAAUUAUCACUUGAACACCAACGCCCUCAUUUAUUCGUUUUCCAUUUAUUAUUCACGCUCAUUGCACAAACAACAUUUGCUUAGUAAUUGCCUUGGACAAUAUAGCUGCAUAUUCUGUUGAUCCCGCAGCCCACGAUAUAUAGUAUUUAGCUGCAGACACUGUAAAUCCUUAAUCUUAGGACGCAAGUCGCAAGACGACAAGACAAAUAUGUCCCAAUUUAGCAUUGAUAACCCCUCGGCAACUCUGCCCAAGCUCCCUGUCCCUGAGCUCCAGGAUACUAUUUUACAUUUCAAAAACGUUGUACAGCCUUUGUUCGGAACAGCCGAGUUCAAGGCAUGCCUGGCCAAACUGGACCACUUCGCGACCACCGAUGCACCUGCUCUCCAAGCACGCCUCUGCGAGCGCGCAGCACAUCGCAAUAACUGGCUAGAGGAGUGGUGGAAUGAUUACGCGUACUUUCUCAACCGCGCGUCGCUGUGCUUCAAUGUGAACUAUUUCUUUGGCUUUCGCCACACACAGCAGCCGCAGGCACAGGCGCGCUUAGCUGCAAUCCUCAUUGACAGCGCGCUGCGUUUCAGGGAUGAUUUGGAGUCUGGAAGCCUCGAGAACGACAGUAUUCGAGGAAAGCCCAUGUGCAUGCACCAGUACCAGUAUAUGUUUGCCACCUGCCGCCAUCCUGGCGAGUCUCGCGACUGGACAGAGGUAUAUUCUGCCGAAGAAAGCCGCCAUGUCGCCAUUGCGCAUAAGGGCCGCUUUUUUGCUCUGCAUCUGCCGACCAACAUGGCUACAAACAAAAGCGACAGCGACCGCUACACAGCUAUUCGGAGUAUCGAGAGCCAGCUGCAAGCAAUUAUUGACACCGCUGAGCAGCUCGAUCGCUCAAAGUCCAUUGGCCUUCUGACCGCCGCGUUGCGCGAUGACUGGUAUGCUGCACGCGAGUGCCUAUCACAAAUCUCUCCCGAAAACGCCGCUAGCCUGCGCAUUCUCGAGUCAUCGGCAUUUUUGGUCAGUCUCGAGACAUCUGCACCAGCAACUCACCAGGAAUUUUCGCUGGCCUGCCACUGCAGCGACGGCGCGUCCCGCUAUUUUGACAAAAACUUUCAGAUCCUGGUGUUUGCCAAUGGCCGCUACGGAUUCAACGGCGAGCACUCAUUGACCGAUGCCACGACCGAUAUGCGUCUCUGCAACACGUUGGUCGAGGACACUGAGACUAUAUGCAACAAUAUCUCCAACGUCUUGUUUCUUGCACCGACCGACCCGGCUGGUGCCGACAAGUGCACUGUCGACGAGCUUAACUUCGAGUACAGCGGCGAGCUGCUGAGCCAUAUCCAGCGGGCUGCGGACUACUUUGAAGCCACAGUAAAUGGCCACGAGCUGGCCACGCUUGUGUUUGGUGGCUUCGGGAAGAACCAGAUCAAAAGCAUGAAGGUCAGCCCCGACGCAUUUGUGCAGAUGGCCAUGCAACUAGCCUACUACCGCAAGCUGCGCCAUGUGCCGGCCACGUACGAGUCGGCUUCAACAAAGGCCUUUAUACGCGGUCGUACCGAGACCUCGCGCUCUGUAUCCGAGCACAGCGUGCAGUGGUGUCGCAUGAUGGUUGACCACCCCGAGAUGAGCAGCUUGCACGCAAAGUCCGACAUGCUCAAGCAGGCCAUUCUCAACCAAUCAAGCUUUACUGCGCUGUGCGCCAAGGGCUUGGGUAUUGAUCGCCAUCUGCUCGGCCUCGAGUGCGCGCUGCUGCCCGGUGAGCCCAAGCCCGAAAUAUUCUCCGACCCAGUGUUUGUGGCAUCGCGCCAUUGGAAGCUAUCAACCUCGCAGAUCAGUAAUCCAAUCCUGGAUGCAUAUGGCUGGGGCGAAGUUGUUGACGAUGGGUUUGGCAUUGCCUAUCGCAUCAACAACGACGAGUUGAACUUCAAUGUGGUCAGCCAGUGCAUGGGCUCAAAGCGCCUGUGCCAGUACCUCUCGGACGCUCUGAUGGACAUGCGAUUCUUGCUGACCAAUGCGCACAAGCUGCCGCACGAGAUUAUGGCUGAAGUGAACGCCGUCGCCAACGUGUUGACCUCGACCAAGCUUCUUUCAUCGUCAGUAUCGGCCAAGCCUUCGCCGUCACCGUCGCUGUCGCCGUCUUCCAAAAACAACAUAGCUGCAGAGUCAAAUGAGGCAAAUGACAGCCGAUUUCGCGACACCUGCAACCUGCAUGCUGAGGCGACUAACACGAUGGUGGACGGACUGGGGCAGCUGCCGUCGAACGAGGUAAUAUGUGCACUGGGAAUCCGCCUGUCACGUUUUGUUAGGGAGUCGCUGUCCUGGGCGCUGCCCUCGACCAGCAGCUAAGCUGACGGCUGGGCCUGCCCUUGCACACACCAUGCCAUUUCACAUUUUAUUAGUUGUGCUUUACGCUCUUUGCCUUUUCACUGCUUUUAAAAAUGUUAAUAUACAAAGCGCAAAGCGAGCCAAAUCUAAUGUUUUUCAUGCGUACCCAAAAUUGUUCGCUCUGAACUUUGCCGGCGUUGAUUUUGUGUGUUUGAUCUGCGCCGUAUAAAAAAGAGGCGGGACUGAGAGCAGG